AUGGAAUAUGAAGUCAAGAAAGGGAAAAAGGGCUUCGUUUCCCCCAUCCGGAGGCUGGUGUUCCCCAAGGCCGCACGCAGAGCAGCCUUUCGAAGCAGUGUGAGCCGCAGGCCCCUGCAUUCCAUGCCCCUUUAUCCCCCUGACUACCUCAUCGACCCCCAGAUUCUGCUGUGUGACUACCUGGAGAAAGAGGUCAAGUUCCUUGGCCACCUUACCUGGGUGACGUCCUCAUUGAACCCCUCCAGCCGGGAUGAGCUCCUGCAGCUGCUGGACACGGCCAGGCAGCUGAAGGAGCUGCCGCUGAAGACAACGGCGGAGCAGGACAGCAUCCUGAGCCUGUCAGCCCGCUGUCUGCUUCUCACCUGGCGAGACAAUGAGGAGCUCAUCCUGCGUAUCCCCACUCACGAGAUCGCCGCCGCCUCCUACCUGCAGGACGACGCGCUGCACCUGCUGGUGCUUAAGACAGGUCUAGGCGUGGACCCGAACCCCAGCCCGGACGCCUACUGCAACCUCGUGAUCCUGGCUGUGGCCAACAGGGAUGCUGCCGAGGAGUCCUGCGCCCUCAUCUGUCAGGUCUUCCAGAUCAUCUAUGGGGACCAGAGUAUUGAGUGUGUGGACCGGGCCGGCUACCACUACACAUCCACGCCCGAACGGCCAUGGCUCUGCAGCCGCAGUGACAGCUGCCGAACCGAUGGGACUUAUGCCUAUGAUGCCGACUUCAGCUGCUGCAGCUCCUUUAAUGGCUCCCAGGACACAUUUGAAGCGUGUUACAGCGGCACAUCUACACCCUCUUUCCAUGGCUCCCACUGCAGCGGCAGCGACCACAGUGGCCUGGGCCUAGAGCAGUUGCAGGAUUACAUGGUCACGUUGCGGAGUAAGCUGGGGCCCCCUGAGAUCCAGCAGUUUGCAGUGCUGCUACGGGAGUAUCGGCUAGGGCUGCCCAUUCAGGACUAUUGCUCAGGCCUGCUGAAGCUCUAUGGGGACCGGCGCAAGUUCCUCCUCCUUGGAAUGAGGCCCUUCAUCCCGGACCAGGACAUUGGCUACUUCGAGGGCUUCCUGGAGGGCGUGGGCAUCCGCGAGGGCGGCAUCCUGACUGACAGCUUCGGCCGCAUCAAGCGCAGCAUGAGCUCCACGUCGGCGUCGGCCGUGCGCAGCUACGACGGCGCGGCUCAGCGGCCCGAGGCGCAGGCCUUCCACCGGCUGCUUGCCGACAUCACGCACGACAUCGAGGCAUUGGCCCCCGACGACGACGACAGCACCGGCGAAGAUGACCUGGACUCCCCGAGCGGGGGCGAAGCGGCUGAAGACAACUACCUGUAG